AUGGACCAUAUCACUCUACUCCACGAGAAGAUACGGAACCAUAUAAAGUCCGUGGACACUGGCAAUGCUAUCUUACUGUUCUCCUUCACAGCGUUGGCAGUCUUAGGUCUGUGCCUCAUCGGAUCCCCAAUCAUCCGUGAGCAAUGGAACAACUUCAAUCGCCAAAAUCACAAUCACCACCAUCAGAAUCCACGUGGCGCUUCAGAAUCUCAUCGUCGGAGCAUCCCCUCUCAAAUCAAAUCGGGAUUGAAGAGGAAACGACGAUUCGCGAAAAAAGAUAUUCGGGCGAUGGAAAUUGAGGAGAAACAACGGAAAAAAGAGGAGAAGAAGGAGGAAUCGAAGGCGGAGAGACAGAAGCAGAAGAAAGCUGAAAGUGGGAAACAGAAGCAGAUUCAGAAGGCGACGACGACGGCGAAGAAGGCGAAUUCUGUGGAGACGGGACGACAGAAGCAGAAGUCUGCUACCAGUGGUGUAGUUAGAAAUGUGCCACGGAAGAGAUCAUAA